AUGGGCAGGGGAAAGUACAAGAACAAACCCACUGGUCACCGCCAGUUCUCCACUCGUGAAGAUCUUCUUGCUGGUACCUCCAGCCGUCCCCGUUCCUUUUCAAAGCGAGAAGCUGAACAUGAGGAAGAACCUGAAGAGGAUUUUGUAUCCUUUGAAAACGGGUCUGAUGAAGAAUCUGAUGGACAAGAUGAAAAGAAGAAAGGCGUUCAAGGUAUAAUAGAGAUUGAAAAUCCUAAUUUGGUUAAGCCAAAAACUUUGAAAGCUAAAGACAUCGAUAUUGGAAAACCAACUGAACUCUCACGGCGUGAAAGGGAAGAACUGGAGAAGCAGAGAGCCCGUGAAAGAUAUAUGAAGUUGCAGGAACAGGGGAAAACUGAACAAGCGAGGAAAGACUUAGAGCGUUUGGCCCUUAUAAGACAACAAAGGGACGAAGCUGCUAAGAAGCGAGUAGAAGAAAAAAAAGCCAAAGAAGACAAGAAGAAGACUGAAUCUUGCAAAUGAUCACUUCAACAGGCGAUCUGCAAAACAAGUUUGUGCCGCUGUUACAAGAACUAUGUGCUUUGUUGCUGCUACAUUGUUGCUUUAAAGUUUUCUACUCCAGCAUCACCAUUGUUUGCAUUUCGUGAUCGAUGGAACAAU